AUGGCUCCAAUCGCAAUUCCUGUUCACGAGCACAUCCAGGAGAAGGAUACCGUUCAACCACGGAAAGACUCUUUAGGGUUACCAGAACCUGCCAGGAAGAGGCUUGAGAAAGCUGGUAUCGAUUUGUCGGCCGGCUAUCCAUACAGGCCAGCGAAACCACUCUACCUUGACGAUGUGUACAAGAUCCGGGACUACGAUCGUGAGCACAUUGACCCAGGUUCUCGAGCUGACCCAGAGAAGAAGGCGCUGUUCGGCGCUGCAAAGGAGAUUAUCCACUUGACCUCACACAUUGGAACGGAGAUUGUUGGACUUCAACUGAAGGACCUUACAAACCAACAAAAGGAUGAGCUUGGUCUUUUGAUCGCCGAAAGAAGUGUAGUGUUCUUCCGUGACCAAGACCUCUCGCCCCAAGAACAAAAGAAGCUUGGCGAGUACUAUGGCGAAAUCGAGGUUCACAUGAAGCCGCAAGUUCCCUUCGUACCCGGUGUACCAGGAGUGACCGUUCUUUGGCCUGCUCUUCAGGCUACCGAGGUGCCAGCAAGCUUCAGGAAGACAGGCGGAGCAUCCAGGUGGCACACUGAUCUGGUGCACGAACGCCAACCCGCCGGCGUGACUCAUCUCCACAACGAUACUAUUCCAAAGAUUGGAGGCGACACUCUUUGGGCUUCAGGCUACGCCGCGUAUGAGAAGCUUUCUCCAGAGUUCCGGAAGAUCAUCGACGGCAGAGAAGCAGUGUACCGCAGCGCGCACCCGUAUCUUGAACGUGAGAAUACCAGCGCUGGCCCGAAGCACAUAGAACGCGUUCAUCCAAUCGUCCGUGUGCAUCCAGCAACCGGAUGGAAAGCUCUUUGGGUCAAUCGCGCAUUCACCGACCGCAUUGUCGGGCUCGAUAAGGCCGAGAGUGAUGCCAUUCUCAACUAUCUCUUCGAUGUAUACGAGAACAACGUCGAUAUCCAGGUUCGAUUUCGAUGGACUCCUGGAACCUCUGCAUUAUGGGACAACAGAAUCACCAUCCAUAAUGCGAGCUGGGACUAUGGAGGGAUUGAACCAAGGCACGGAACGAGGGUAACGUCGCUGGCAGAGAAGCCGUUCUUCAAGGCGGAUGCGCCGACUCGUAGGCAAGCACUAGGCCUUGCAGGACCUGAGGAUAUUUAA